AUGGUCGACUUGGCCUGGUGCCGUGUUCACCACGGUGCUGUCUGCUCCCUCCAGCUUCUCCUGCCUGCUUCGGCGUGGGUCACAGGGACACCCCCAGCUCAGUUGCCAUGGACCAUGAACUCUGUGUUCAGGCCUCACUCUCCCUCAGGCCUGGGAAAUGAGCUGGCCCCAGGUUUCAGCACUGUUGCUGAACCAGUGCAGCUCCUGGGCCAUGUGAGCUCCUGGGUGACGUGGUUGAUCCUCACGGCGGGCUCCAUGGAGGAGAAGCGAGAAGUCUUCUCCUAUUUGGUGCACGUGGCCAAAUGCUGCUGGAACAUGGGCAACUACAAUGCUGUCAUGGAGUUCUUGGCUGGCCUCAGGUCAAGAAAAGUUUUGAAAAUGUGGCAGUUUAUGGACCAGUCUGACCUGGAGACCAUGAGGAGCCUGAAGGAUGCCAUGGCUCAGCACGAAUCUUCCUGCGAGUACAGGAAGGUGAUCACGCGGGCCCUGCACAUACCCGGCUGUAAGGUGGUCCCAUUCUGUGGGGUGUUUCUGAAGGAGCUCUGUGAAGUACUGGACGGAGCCUCUGGCCUCAUGAAGCUUUGCCCGAGGUACAAUUCUCAAGAAGAAACUCUAGAGUUUGUAGCCGAUUACAGUGGACAAGAUAAUUUCUUACAACGAGUGGGACAUAAUGGCUUGAAGAAUUCAGAGAAGGAGUCCACCGUCAACAGCAUCUUUCAGAUCAUCAGGAGCUGCAGCCGAAGUCUGGAGGCCGAGGACGAGGACAGCGCCAGUGAGGGCAACAGCUCUAGGAAAAAUUCCUUAAGGGAUAAAGCGCGGUGGCAGUUUAUAAUUGGAGAUUUGCUGGAUUCCGAAAAUGACCUCUGUGAGCAGUCGAAAGAAUGGGACUCUCAUGGAUCAGAAGAGCCACAGAAGGCCUUUGACCACGGGACAGAGCUGAUCCCGUGGUACGUGCUGUCCAUCCGAGCUGAUGUGCACCAGUUCCUGCUGCAGGGGGCCACUGUCAUCCACUACGACCAGGACACGCACCUGUCGGCCCGCUGCUUCCUCCAGCUCCAGCCUGACAACAGCACCUUGACCUGGGUAAAGCCCACCACUGCCUCCCCAGCCAGUGCUAAAGCAAAACUUGGUGUGCUUAGUAACACGGCUGAGCCUGGCAAAUUCCCGUUACUGGGCAAUGCUGGAUUAAGUGGCCUGGCGGAGGGGGUCUUGGAUCUGUUUUCAGCAAAGGCUGUGUACAUGGGACACCCUAGCAUCGAUAUACACACUGUGUGUGUUCAGAACAAACUGGGUAGCAUGUUUCUCUCAGAGACUGGUGUGACACUGCUCUAUGGGCUGCAGACCACGGACAAUAGGUUAUUGCACUUUGUGGCACCCAAGCACACCGCUAAGAUGCUCUUCAGUGGAUUGCUAGAACUCACGAGGGCCGUGAGGAAGAUGAGGAAGUUCCCUGACCAGAGACAGCAGUGGCUGCGGAAACAGUACGUCAGCCUCUAUCAGGAGGAUGGACGGUACGAAGGCCCAACUUUGGCUCACGCCGUGGAGCUGUUUGGUGGCCGGCGAUGGAGUACACGCAACCCCAGCCCUGGGACAUCCGCGAAGAGUACUGAGAAGCCCAGUGUGCAGAGAAACAACACCUUGGGCAUAAGCACCACCAAGAAAAAGAAGAAAAUCCUUAUAAGGGGUGAGAGUGGAGAGGCGGCUGACGACGAGAUGGCCACGCGGAAGGCCAAAAUGCACAGGGAGAGUCGCAGCCGGAGUGGUUCCGACCCUCAAGACAUGAAUGAGCAAGAAGAAUCCGAGACGAAUGCCAUCAUGAGCCUUCCUAACACUCUGCCUUCCAGAAGAGCCCACUCUUUGACCACGGCUGGGUCCCCUAACUUGUCUGCUGGGACAUCAUCUCCCAUCAGGCCAGUGUCCUCCCCUGUGCUGUCUUCUUCAAACAAGAGCCCGUCCAGUCCUUGGAGCAGCAGCAGCUGGCACGGGAGGAUCAAAGGAGGAAUGAAGGGUUUUCAGAGCUUCAUGGUUUCAGACAGUAACAUGAGUUUUGUUGAAUUUGUUGAGCUGUUCAAAUCAUUCAGCGUGAGGAGCCGCAAGGACCUGAAGGAUCUCUUCGACGUCUACGCCGUGCCCUGCAACCGAGCCGGCUCCGAGUCAGCCCCCCUCUACACCAACCUAACCAUUGACGAAAACACCAGCGACCUUCAGCCUGACCUAGAUUUAUUGACCAGAAAUGUCUCAGACUUGGGGUUGUUCAUUAAGAGUAAACAGCAGCUGUCAGACAACCAGAGGCAGAUAUCUGAUGCCAUUGCUGCUGCAAGUAUCGUGACAAAUGGCACUGGGGUCGAGAGCACAUCUCUGGGCAUCUUUGGGGUUGGCAUACUCCAGCUCAAUGACUUCCUCGUCAACUGCCAGGGAGAGCACUGCACUUAUGAUGAAAUCCUCAGCAUCAUCCAGAAGUUCGAGCCUAGCGUUAGUAUGUGUCAUCAGGGCCUACUGUCAUUUGAGGGAUUUGCAAGGUUUCUGAUGGAUAAAGAUAAUUUUGCCUCCAAAAAUGACGAGUCGCAGGAAAACAUUAAAGACUUGCAGCUGCCCCUCUCCUACUAUUACAUUGAAUCUUCACACAAUACCUACCUCACAGGGCACCAGCUCAAAGGAGAGUCCUCAGUGGAACUCUACAGCCAGGUCCUCCUGCAAGGCUGCAGAAGCGUAGAGUUGGACUGCUGGGACGGAGAUGAUGGGAUGCCCAUUAUCUACCACGGACACACACUGACAACCAAGAUCCCCUUCAAGGAGGUGGUUGAAGCCAUUGACCGCAGUGCCUUCAUCAACUCUGACCUGCCCAUCAUCAUAUCAAUUGAGAACCACUGCUCAUUGCCUCAGCAACGAAAAAUGGCAGAAAUUUUCAAGACUGUGUUUGGAGAAAAACUGGUGGCUAAAUUCCUGUUUGAGAGCGAUUUCUCAGAUGAUCCAAUGCUUCCCUCACCUGACCAACUUAGGAGGAAAGUGCUUCUUAAAAAUAAGAAGCUCAAAGCCCACCAGACACCAGUGGAUAUCUUAAAGCAAAAGGCUCAUCAGUUAGCAUCCAUGCAAGCUCAGGCUUAUAAUGGGGGGAAUGCCAACCCCCCACCUGCCAAUAACGAGGAAGAGGAGGAUGAAGAAGACGAAUAUGAUUAUGACUAUGAAUCCCUGUCUGAUGACAAUAUUCUAGAAGACAGACCUGAAAAUAAAUCAUGUAAUGACAAGCUUCAGUUCGAGUAUAAUGAAGAAAUCCCCAAGAGGAUAAAGAAAGCCGAUAACUCUGCUUGCAACAAAGGAAAGGUUUAUGACAUGGAACUGGGAGAAGAAUUUUAUCUUCCUCAGAAUAAAAAGGAAAGUAGACAGAUUGCACCAGAGCUUUCUGACCUUGUCAUCUAUUGCCAAGCGGUAAAAUUUCCAGGCCUGUCAACUCUAAAUGCAUCUGGCUCUAGCAGAGGAAAAGAAAGGAAAAGCAGGAAGUCCAUUUUUGGCAACAAUCCGGGCAGAAUGAGCCCUGGGGAGACAGCAGCGUUUAACAAAGCAUCUGGAAAAAGUUCCUAUGAAGGAAUGCGACAGGCCUGGGAGGAAUCUUCUUCCCCCCUCAACCCAACCACAUCCCUCAGCGCUAUCAUUAGAACUCCCAAAUGUUACCAUAUUUCAUCGCUGAAUGAAAAUGCCGCCAAACGUCUGUGUCGCAGGUAUUCUCAGAAACUGAUCCAGCACACCGCCUGUCAGCUGCUGAGGACUUACCCGGCUGCCACCCGCAUCGAUUCCAACCCCAAUCCCCUCAUGUUCUGGCUCCAUGGGAUACAGCUCGUGGCGCUCAACUACCAGACAGAUGAUCUCCCCUUACAUUUAAAUGCUGCCAUGUUUGAGGCCAACGGUGGCUGUGGUUAUGUUCUGAAACCCCCAGUUCUGUGGGACAAGAACUGUCCCAUGUAUCAGAAGUUUUCACCCUUGGAAAGAGACCUGGACAACAUGGAGCCUGCCAUCUAUUCCUUAACUAUUGUCUCUGGUCAAAACGUGUGUCCGAGCAGCAGCACGGGGAGCCCGUGUAUCGAAGUCGACGUGCUGGGCAUGCCCUUGGACAGCUGCCACUUCCGCACAAAGCCCAUCCACCGGAACACUCUGAACCCCAUGUGGAAUGAACAGUUUCUCUUCCGGGUGCACUUUGAAGACCUCAUAUUUCUUCGUUUUGCAGUCGUGGAAAAUAACAGCUCAGCCGUAACCGCUCAGAGAAUCAUCCCGCUCAAGGCUUUGAAACGAGGAUAUCGGCAUCUUCAGCUACGAAACCUCCACAAUGAAGUCUUGGAAAUCUCCAGUUUAUUCAUAAACAGCAGAAGGAUGGAAGAAAAUUCCUCCAGCAGUGCCGUGCCGGCCUCUUUGAUGUUUAAUACAGAAGAAAGAAAAUGUUUGCAGACUCACAGAGUUACAGUGCAUGGGGUCCCAGGUCCAGAGCCGUUUACUGUUUUCUCCAUAAACGGGGGCACCAAGGCAAAGCAGCUUCUCCAACAAAUUCUGACUACUGAACAGGACACCAAACCUAUUGUCACAGACUAUUUUUUGAUGGAAGAAAAAUAUUUUAUAUCUAAAGAAAAGAAUGAAUGCAGGAAACAACCAUUCCAGAGAGUCAUCGGUCCAGAAGAAGAGAUCAUGCAGAUUUUAAGCAGCUGGUUUCCCGAGGAAGGAUAUGUUGGCAGGAUUGUCUUAAAAACCCAGCAGGAAAACCUAGAAGAGAGAAGCAUUCUUCAAGAUGACAAAGAGGUGAUCUUGAGCUCAGAGGAGGAGAGUUUCUUUGUUCAAGUUCACGACGUUUCUCCAGAGCAACCUCGAACAGUCAUCAAAGCGCCCCGUGUCAGCACUGCGCAGGACGUCAUUCAGCAGACCUUAUGCAAAGCCAAAUAUUCCUAUAGCAUCCUGAGCAACCCCAACCCGAGUGACUAUGUGCUUCUGGAGGAGGUGGUGAAAGAUGCUACCAAGAAGUCUUCCACCCCGAAGUCCUCCCAGCGAGUCCUUUUGGAUCAGGAGUGUGUGUUUCAAGCCCAAAGCAAGUGGAAGGGCGCAGGAAAAUUCAUCCUUAAGCUAAAGGAGCAGGUACAGGCAUCCCGAGAAGACAAAAGGAAAGGCAUUUCUUUUGCAAGUGAAUUCAAGAAGUUCACUAAGUCAACUAAACAGCCCCGAGGACUCACGUCACCUUCUCAGGUCUUGGCCUCAGAAGGUGUCCAAAGCAAGGAGGAGAAACUGGUGGGCAGCUUGCCUUCCAGUGACACCACAGACUACCGACAAUAACCAAGGGAGAGAGAGAACAAGCUGGGGGAGCAGCAGGCAGAAGGAGAAGCAGGCUCCCUGCUGAGCAAGAAGCUGGAUAUGGGACAUGAUCCCAGGAUCAUGACCUGAGCUGAAGGCAGACACUUAACCGACUGAGCCACACAGGCAUCCCAGAUUGUUUUAUUUUGUAAUGAGCCCAAGGGAUUAUUAAAGCCACUCCUUGCCUGCGCCACGUGCCCUAAACUUGAGAGCCUGCUGGCAUAGUGAAGGCAUCGCUGCUCACACUGCAGAGCUUCAUCGUCUGCCUUUAUCAGUCAGGAAUUUUUUAUAUCAAAUUGUAGGAGCUCGCAGUUAAAGAAUUCAUUGAUACCCUUUUGGCAGGACCAAAUGUGAUUUAUAAGAGCUCAAAAGAAGGCCCCAUACCCUGAGCCCACGUUUCUACAUUGAAGGAGAAACUCCUAAAAUAACUGGUGCCCCCUUCGAGGCAUACAAAGCUUCUUCAGAACAGCAGGUGGGACCAAAUACAGGAAACCCCCUCCUUGAGAGUAUCGACGCAUCCACCUGCCCUGAGAGGUUCGAGCUUAUUUAGGUUCUGUAUGGAAAGGCUCGUGUGAAGGAACUCGCGGAACCAGGGCCGCAUCCAGGUCUCCCGUCGGGUCUUAGUGAAUCCGCGCAGAACGGCGAAGCCGUGAGCUGUGCCGCACUCGGAGAAGGCUCGGCACCCGUUCUCUGUUGAGAUCCUUCUGGAAUCGUAAUUUUUACAAGUUCUGGACUCACUUUCUUUCCUGCCCCAGGUCCCUGAGACAGUCAGUGCUUUCUCCAAAAGCCGAGUGAGCUUUAGGACGAAGCGCCAGUGUUGAGCCUCUCCGGCUUCUUCGAGAAUGCCUCGCGUUGGUGGUGGGGCCGUGAGCACAUGCCGCUAAGGACAGUGAUGAAAACUUAAAAUACUGUCCUCUCGAUCAAGACUUUUUAGCCUCAAAUAAAUCCGAGAUGUCAGGUUAUACAUACCCCUAUGUGAUAACCGCCGUAGUGACGCUGGCAUCACGCUGCGCAAACGGAGCCCUCGUGGAGCCGCAGGAUUACGUCACCAGAAGUCUGACUGACUUGCAAACGGAAGUCUGACUGACUUGCUACGAGCGGAGCGUUAUUAGGAGCGGGGAGGGGUGAUUCAGGACCACUCGGCUGGCCUCAGCUUUGCUUAAACUUCGCAGUUUUUAAAAACAGCCGUGGGUGCAUCUAUGGGAACCUGAAUGUCAUGUUCUAAACUCCUUUACAAACGGCGUCCUCAAAAAGGGGCGCCUGUGAGAACAGACUUUCUGUUCUCACGGAGAAGGCAAGUUGUGUUUUCACUGCUUUCUGAGAACAUAAGGUUUCAUGUUCUAAGACUUUUCACCCGUAAAGUUUUAAGAGUUACCCCUUAAUAAUUUAAGAACUCCUAAACAAUUAUUUACCUUACUGUUAUCUGAAAUAAUGGAGAGUUGAAGAAAUUCCACCUUUUAGAAAAGUUGAAGUUGAUCUGAUUGGAUUUUAAAAAUCUUUCUAAAGGCUGGGGUGUCCAGGGCAGAAACGGGUUCACGUUCCACCUCCCAGGAACAUCAUGUUAGGACACUGCAAGUUUAUUCUUUUUCUUUUUUAAAGAUUUUAUUUAUUUAUUUGAGAGAGAGAGAACAAGAGCACAAGCCGGGGGGGACAGCAGGCAGAGGGAAAAGCAAGCUCUGCUGAGCAGGGAGCCCGAUGCGGGACUCCAUCCCAGGACCCGGGGAUCAUGGCCUGAGCUGAAGGCUGAUACAUAGACGACUGAGCCACCGGGGCACCCAACACUGCAAGUUUAUAACCAAGAGCCUCUUCUCCAAAACCAGCCACCAGAGUUGUGGGUUUCUCUUGGUUGAACACUAAACCCUUGC